AUGCCGGUCUCACGUGAAAACCGCCGGUUGGCCCACGUGGCCCUGCCAACUGUACCCCCUGAUCCGGCGCAGGGACUUGUUGAAAAAGGCAUCAAGAAAUCAACACAAUUAACAGCCAAUACUGAACCUUUAUUUUCGACAGCGGAAACAACAGAAUCAGUGUCUUCAGAGAAAUAUACAAACUUGAUAGAGAUGACAACUGAAUCAACAUCUAAAAUUGGACCUACAGGUUCGACAGAAAAAUCCACUGAAUUAACGUCUACAAUGGAAUCUACAACCUAUACAGAGAAAACACCUAAAUUAACAGCUAAAACUGGUUCUACAAGCUCAAUAGACAUGGCUACUGUAUCUGCAACUAGAACUGAACCUACAAAGGGGACAACACAAUCAGUAGCAACAUCUGAACCUCAAAUUACAACAGAGAAAACAGCUGAACCUACAACCACAACAAAGAAGACGACUUCAUCAGUAUUCACGAAUGAGCCUACAACCUUAAGAGAGACAACAGAGUUAACAGCUAAAACAGUGACACUAGGAACUACAACUUGGACACAGAGGAUGUCUGAACCUACAGCUACAAGUAACCCUGCAAUCUUGACAGGAAGUACUAUUGAAUCAUCAGUUACACCUAAACCUACAAGCUCGACAGAGAUGAAAUUGAAAUAUACUACUACAACUGUGCCUACAACCGUGACGGAGGGGAAAUUUAAGUUUACAGAGACCGAAAAAACAAAUUCAAUAACUACAACCCCUACACAAAGUUUUCUUCAAGCAACAGGUGCAACCAAGAUUAUACCUUCGACAAUGAAGGCAACAGAAUCAGUAGCAACAACUGAAGCCAUAACCUCGACAGAGAGCAUGAGUACAUCGACAGCUAUAAAUUACACUGAAACUACAGUCUCAUCGGAGAGGAAAACCGAUUUUACAAAUGCAGAUAAAAAUACACAGUCAACAGAAUCAACGAGUACACCUGAAACUACAUACUCGACAGACAGGAUAAGAAAAUCUACCAGCAGCACUGAACACAGACCUCCAACAGAGGAUAUAUCUGGAUCCAAGGCUACAGCUGCACCUACCCCCUUAUCAGAGAUGACUACUGAAACUAUAGUUACAACUAAACAUUCAACUUCGAUAAAAGAGACAACAGCUAUAAUUUCACCUACAAGCUCAGCAGGGAAAACUGUAGAAUCAACAACUACAACUGAAUUUACAAGCAGUGAUGAACGCAUGACCCACUAUCAAGCUCGAGAGAGAAAAACAGGUAUACCUACAAUUACAGCUGAACCUACAGCUUUGACAAAGUGGGUAACAGAAUCAACAUCUGCAACAGAAUCACCAUCUACAACAGAAUCAACAUCUGCAACAGUAUCGCCAUCUACAACAAAAUCACCAGUUACAACAGAAUCCCCAUCUACGACAGAAUCGCCGUCUACAGCUGAAUCAAUAUAUACAACAGAAUUACCAUUUACAACAGAAUCACAAUCUAUUAAAAAAUCAACAUCUACAAGUGAAUCAACAUUUAUAUCAGAUUCACCUGCUACAAAAGAAUCAAUAUCUAUAACAAAAUCACCAUCUACGGCAGAAUCCUCAUCUACAACAAAAUCAACAUCUAAAGCUGAAUCACUAUCUACAACAAAAUCAACAUUUACAACAGAAUCACCAUCUAUAAAAGACUCAACAUCGACAACAGAAUCAACCUCUACAACAGAGUUAACAUCUACAACAGAAUCAACAUCUACAGCAGAGUCACCAUCUACAAGAGAAUUAACAUCUCCAAUACAAUCAACAUCUAUAACAGAAUCAACAUUUACAACAGAAUUAACAUCAACAGCAUCAACACCUACAAAAGAAUCAUCAUCUAGAACAGAAUCAAUAUCCAUAACAGAACCAUCUACAACAGAAUCAAGAUCUACAACAGAGUCAACAUCUAUAAAAAUAUCAACAUCUGCAACAGAAUCAACAUUUGCAACAGAAUCAACAUCUAUAACAGAAUCAACACCUGCAACAAAAUCAACAUCUAUAAUAGAAUCGAUCUCCACUAAAGAAUCAACAGCUGCAACAAAGUCAUCGUCUGUAACAGAAUCAACAUCUACAUCAGAAUCAUCAUCUACAAAAGAAUUGCCAUCUACAACAGAAUCAACAUAUAUAACAGAAUUGACAUCUGCGACGUCAAUAUCUAUAGCAGAAUCAACACCUAAAGUAGAAUCAAGAUCUACAACAGAAUCACCAUCUAAAACAGAAUCAACCACUACAAAAGAAUCAACAUCUAUAAUAGAAUCAUCAUCUACAUUUGAAUCAACAUCUAAAGGAGUAUCACCAUCUAGAACACAAUCAACUACAACAGAAUCAACAUCUGCAACAGAGUCAAUAUUUAUAACAGAAUCAACAUCUAUAACAGAAUUAACAUCUUCGACAGAAUCGACAUCUACAACAGAGGUAACAUCUAUAACAAAAUCAACAUUUACAGCAGAAUCAACAUCUACAACGCAGUCAGUAUCUACAAAAGAAUUAACAAUAAAAUCGGUAGACACAACGUCGACAGAAGAAAUUACAACACAAACAAAAAGGUCAACGCAAACAAGCGAAUCGAGAGAUUCAAGCUCAACAUUAAGAAUAUGUGAAUUUGCAAAAGCUAUUAAACCUACAGCUUUCACGGAGAAGAUAACAAAUCAUCAAUAUCAGGACCUGUACAGCUGCGGCAGAAAACGGCAACAGCGUCAACCGCAGCUCCAGUCACUUCUACACCAACAGAAAGAGACUAGAGCAUUUGAUUACAAGAGUGGGCACAGGGCAUGUCAAAUUGACCUCAUGUUGUAUCGAAAAUGUGCCUGGGUAGAAAUAAAAAAUUGUAAGGUAAUACCUGGAGACCAUGUGGCAGCACAACAUCGUUUAGUUAUCUGCGAAAACAAGGAAACGUGGUGGUUUAAUGAGGAAGUACAACAACAGACAAAAUGCAAGAAAGAAGCAAAGAAAAGGUGUGAAGAGUCGCAGUUGGGAGCAGACACAAUAGUUUAUAAAGACUAA